AUGGAUAGAGUAGAUAAAGAUUGUGUGAUUGGAUCUGCAGAAACAUGUGGGCAAAAACAAACAAAAAAGCUAAUGUGCUUGCUUCACAAAAGCGAGGAAAUUAGCUUUCUUAACUUAGUUGCGGGAGUAGAAGCUUCAAAUAGGUUUUAAUGCAUUGAAUGCUAAUAUGAAUAAAAUAGCAAAAACUAAAAAAUCAAUUUUUUACCCAUUAAAAAAAUUGAAACAGCCUAAAUAGAUGAUGUGUUCAUCUCUAGAUUAUAUAAUUGGCCAAUAAUAUCUGAUGAGAGCUAAAAUAAAUUUUAGUUUUUAGAAUAAUUAUGUGCUUAAGCUACAAAUAGUCUGGAAGAAGUAGUCAGAGUUGUAGAUAAUAUGAUUAAAGAAUAUACUCAAGUUUUAGAGGAGUAUAAGAAAAGCUCUAUUAUUUUUUAUAACGAUUUUAUUCAACAAGCAUAAAAAGUAAUUAUCGAGUUAAGUGAUAUUGAUUCUCUGUAAAAAAUAAAAGAUAUUAUUUUUGAUGGUUCUAAUGAAAAUUUAAUGGAAAUUAGCGUAAAAAUAGAUGAAAUAAUUUAAAAUAGAUAUAAAAAUUAAGAUAAUUUCUCUUAGUAAAUAUUUGAUGCUCAUAAUAUGUAUUCUUCUUAAUUCAAAAAGCAUGACGACUUUGGAAUAAAUUUAAGUUUUAGACAUGAAAAAUUGAUCUAAUUCGUACAGCAAUUUACAAAAUCUAAGAAGGUUUUUUAAAAGCCAGAAAUACAUUUAACUAAAAGCACUGGAAGAGAUUCUCAUAAGCUAGAUAUAAAAACGUAGUAAAAUGAAAUAGUUAUUCAAAAACUGACUGAUUAUUAUGCCUGGUGCUAUUCCAGCUCUACAUUAGACAAUCAUGAAACUUAUGAAAUGGAGUUUUUUUUUGAUAAUGAACCCCAAAACUAUAUUAUGGUAGGUCUCAUUCCUGAUGACCAUAAAGAUACUUAGCCACCUGGUUCUGGAUAAAGCCAUUUCUGUAAAAUUUUUGGUGACAAUAACUCUUUUUACUGUGGAAAUUUGGUUAAAGGAGAUCUUAUAGAAAAAACAGUUAAAGAAGAAGAAAUUAUAAAAAUGAGAGUUUGUAUAGAAAAGAAUGAACUAAUUUUUUAUGACGAGUAUGGAAACAUUAAUUCACUUCAUUAGCAAUACAAUUUAGAAGAAUUUUCAAAAUAUAGGAUAUGCAUCUAAUUUGGUUAAAGAAGUAAAAAUACAAUCAGAAUUUUUAAGUUUGCUACAGUUUUUGAAGAAAAUAUAAAUCUUAAUUGA